UUUUCCCUGCACAGACACAGAGUGACACAGAGUUCUUUUGGUUUUCCUUCUCUGUCACAUAAGCAGAGAUUUCUUGCUCGUAGUUUGACUCUUAAAUCAGAGACAUGUCCGUUGACAGGGUCCACGCGGCUUUACCUGACCCUCCACUUCAGAGCGAAGAAGAGAACAGAGAGGAGGAGAAGGCUUUUGGGAAUGCCUUUGCAGAGUUAGAAUCUGUGGAACUGCCUCUGGGAACCACCUUAAGGUCAAUUUACGAUGACCAGCCCAACGCCCACAAACGCUUUAUGGAGAAGCUGGACGCCAGGAUAAGGAACCAUGACCGUGAGAUCGAGAAGAUGUGCAAUUUCCACCACCAAGGUUUUGUGGACGCCAUCACAGAGCUCCUCAAAGUUCGUGCUGAUGCAGAGAAACUGAUGGGCCAGGUCACAGACACUAAUCGGAGACUACAGGAGGCUGGACGGGAGGUGACAGCUCAAACAGAGGAGGUGAUUCGCUGUCGCAUCCAGCAGAGGAACAUGGCCACUACAGUGGAGAAGCUGCAGCUCUGUAUACCAGUGCUAGAAAUGUACAGCAAACUGAAGGAGCAGCUGGAAUCCAAAAGAUAUUAUGCUGCACUGAAAACCAUGGAGCAGUUGGAGAAGGUCUACAUUCCCAGGGUCAGUCAUUACAGGUUCUGUCAGAUCAUGGCUGAAAACUUGCCCAGACUCCGAGAGGAGAUCAAGGAGAUCUCCAUGUCGGACCUCAAGGACUUCCUGGAGAGCAUCAGGAAACACUCGGACAAGGUUGGCGAGACUGCCAUGAGACAGGCUCAGCAGCACAGAACUUUUAACAGCGCAGUAGCCAAACAGGCCAGCACGGGCCACUACACCAAGCCUAUGUACUCGCUCAACGGACGAACACACACCCACAACGGCCUCAUGAUCGAGGACGACUCAGGAGAGGAGGAGGAAGCUGAUGAAGAGGUUCUAACAGCUCAGGACCUGGUGGACUUCUCACCUGUCUACAGGUGUUUACACAUUUACACAGUGCUGGGAGAUCGGGAAACAUUUGAGAAUUACUACAGGAAGCAGAGAAAGAAACAGGCCCGGCUCGUUCUGCAGCCUCAGGCUAACAUGCAUGAGACAGUGGAAGGCUACAGAAGAUACUUCAAUCAGAUUGUAGGUUUCUUUGUAGUGGAGGACCACAUCCUUCAUGCAACACAGGGGCUGGUGACCAGAGCUUUCACCGAUGAACUUUGGAACAUGGCGCUGUCCAAGAUCAUCGCUGUGCUCCGCACGCACUCUUCAUACUGUGAGGACCCAGACCUGGUCCUGGAGCUAAAGAACCUCAUCGUGAUCUUUGCAGACACACUACAGGGUUAUGGGUUCCCGGUGAACCGGCUGUUCGACCUGCUGUUCGAGGUCAGAGAUCAGUACAAUGAAACUCUGUUGAAGAAGUGGGCGCUGGUUUUCAGGGAGAUCUUUGAGUUGGACAACUACAGUCCAAUCCCAGUGGAGACAGAGGAGGAGUAUAAACAUGUAGUCAGCCGCUUCCCGUUUCACGAUACUGAGAUUGAGAAGCAGCAGGACUUUCCUAAGAAGCUGCCCAUGUCUCAGUCCGUCCCUCAGAUCUACACACAGGUCAAAGAGUUCAUUUACGCCAGCCUGAAGUUCUCUGAGUCACUACACCGCAGCUCAACAGAGAUCGACGACAUGUUGAGAAAAUCAACCAACCUGUUGCUGACCAGAACACUCAGCAGCUGUCUGCAGAACCUCAUCAAAAAACCUCACAUAGGACUAACCGAGCUUGUGCAGAUCAUCAUUAACACCACCCACCUGGAGCAGGCCUGCAGGUAUCUGGAGGAGUUUAUCACGAACAUCACCAAUGUCUCCCCUGAAACCGUCCACACCACAAGACUCUACGGCUUGUCCACUUUCAAGGACGCUCGUCACGCUGCAGAAGGAGAGAUUUACACCAAACUUAACCAGAAGAUUGACGAGUUCAUCCAGCUAGCAGACUAUGAGUGGGGCAUGGCGGAGUCGGAUGGUCGAGCCUCUGGAUACCUCAUGGACCUGAUCAACUUCCUGCGCUCUACUUUCCAGGUCUUCACACAUCUCCCGAAUAACAACAAUGACCAUGCAUCGAUGUCGGGUAAAGUGGCCCAGACAGCUUGUAUGUCAGCCUGCAAGCAUCUUUCCACAUCACUGAUGCAGAUGCUGCUGGACACAGAACUCAAACAGAUCAGCAUGGGGGCCAUUCAGCAAUUCAACCUCGAUGUCAUUCAAUGUGAACUGUUUGCCAGUUCUGAGCCGGUCCCUGGCUUUCAAGGAGACACGCUCCAGCUGGCCUUCAUCGACCUACGACAGCUCCUUGACCUGUUCAUGGUGUGGGAUUGGUCGACUUACCUGGCGGACUACGGCCAGCCAACCUCCAAAUACCUGAGAGUGAACCCGGCUACAGCCCUGGCUCUGCUGGAGAAGAUGAAGGACACGAGUAAGAAGAACAACAUCUUCUCUCAGUUCAGGAAGAACGACAGAGACAAGCAGAAGCUGAUAGAGACUGUGGUCAAACAGCUGAGGAGCCUGGUCAACGGCAUGUCCUCCUAAACACACACACACACACACACACACACACACACACACACACACACACACACACACACACACACACACACACACAGACAGGAGUGACGUUCACACGGGUCUCAAAGAAAUAAAGAUGGGAACAGGCAUGCAGUCACAUGCACACACUGAACUGCCAAGACUCUCCCAAAGGUAACACACCUUGUAAAAUGAUGACACGCGACGUAACAGUGACAGAUAAAAGAAUCACACAGGGAAUUUACACACACAGACAAAAGGGACAUGCACACAUCACAUAAAGGCACAGCAAUACACACGAUGUACAAAGCAUGCAGGGAACACACACACACACACACACACACACACACACACACACACACAGGAAGUCCUAUCCUCUCCUUACUGUUAUACCUGACUGAAUACUCCGUGUAAAUAACAAACACACACACACACACACACACAAACGUCCAUACACACAC